AUGGUUUCCAUCAAGCAACUUUCUGUUAUUUCGACCCUCCUGUUUGGCCUCGGCCAACAGGUAGUGGCCGACUUUUCAGACGACAAUGGGCUUGUCGCCCGUGGUGAGGACGAGCUCGAAGUCCGUUACGGCGAGGAUCUCGAGGCGCGAGGUAUCGACGGAGACCUCAGCGAGAGGGGGCUACCCCUUUACCCUCGUCCUCCGAAGAUCGUGGUUACACCUCCCCCAAAGCCUAAGCGAAGCCUCAAUCGUGGUUACGCCCCCACCUAA